AUGCUCCAUAGAUAUCUAACCCACAGAUAUUUCAAAAGACUCUUUUCUCUCUCCUUUCCCCCUCAGCGUUCCCUGUUUUCAGCAUUUUCCAAAUUUGGGCCGCUGUACUCGGUGCGAGUGCACAGAAAUGCCGCCGUGGCGGGGCCCGGCUAUUACGCCAUCAUCAAAUUUUAUUCAGCCAGAGAUGCCAGCAGAGCCCAGGGCGCCUGCAACGGGCAAAAGCUGUUUCAGGAAUCUCCCUUGAAGGUUUGUGUUUGCACCAGGCAGAAAGGGUUUCAGCAACAAGUCCUUGCUCUCAGCAGCAACAAGUGCCAAGAGUUGGCCAACCACUACUUUGGCUUUAACGGUUGGUCCAGUCGCAUCAUCACACUGCAGAACGUGUCUGGCUUUGACGGUGAGAAUGAGGAGCUGGGCAGGACGUUACAGCAGCGAUCGGUGAAGUACCUGUGUGCUGUCGAGGUGACACUGCCCAACCACGGGGUGCGCGCCAGGGGAGUUGCCCUUGGCGAGGCAGACGUAGAGAACGGGGAAGAUCCGCUCGAGUUUGUCACAGCCAUGAGAAGAGCUCAGAAACUCGCAGCUGGGAAAGCUUUGUCUAGUGCCUUUCAGAAGAUACUCCUCGUAGUCUUAG